AAUGCUUCGUUCGACGUUUGUAGCUUUGUACGUAUCUUGCAUGUUUAUAUACUCCAAUUGGCAGGUAUAUGGCUUCCUUCUUCCGCAACGACUUCGUUCAAUGAUGAUAUAUGUGAACACAUGAAUGACAGUCGUCAAGGUUGGUUGGUUUUUACUUUCCUUUCUCUUUUUCCGGCCAGCCCCACCAUCACGCUAUCCUAUCGUACAGAACACAUUUCCCAAUUUUCCCCGGGUUCCAUAUACACAGACAGAUACACAAAGUUAGACAGAAACCGUAUAACCGGCCAUCGCAUCCCUUUUCCACUCGCUCUUCUCUUGUCUCACAAACAGAGACCGAACAGGACAAGGUAACAACCGGCAGACCGACGGCGGCGGCGGCAGGUAAGAAUUGAUGAACCAGUAGUCUCGAGUAGUCAGAACCAA